AUGGCACUCUUUGCUUUUGUAGCACUUGCUUUGACCUCACUUGCCUUUAGCGAGAUCAGUGCAACCUCGAAUACUACCCUAAAAUCUUCAGACGGCGCCUAUAAACUGCAAUGGAGAUACAACAACAGCCAGUUGAUUUUCACUCUCACUUGUGAAACAACCGGUUAUUGCGCGGUGGCGUUUAGUGAAACAGCCGAUGGCAAAAACAUGGUUAGAUAUGAUAUAGCCGUGACAGGAUAUGCCUCUGGCGCUGGAUACGUAGAUGAUUACUGGAGCCAAGGGCCGGGACCUCCAACGAAAGAUGUAGCACAAAAUUACAAACUCAUAUCAGCUUCUGAGGCUGGUGGGAAGACUACCGUGGAGUUUUACAGGGAUGCUGAGACGGGAGAUGUCAAAGAUGUCCAAUUUAAGAAUACUACUGAAGUUAAAGUAAUAUUUGCCUCGAAGGCCAACAGUGAUGCAAACAAUAAUCGCUUGUCAAAACACGAUAAGACCAAAAUAUUGGAUGGGAAGUAUAACUUGAUUUCUUUAGCGAUGGAACCUCCGCCGUUGCCAUCAACAACAACCAUACAACCAUCGGCAACAACGAUGCCGACAAAAGAAUCGGUGGCUCCCACGACUCCAAUGGCUCCUCCAAAAUAUGCAAGUGUCAUGUCUCCUGACGGCUCAUUCAAACUCGAAUGGACCUACAGUAACAGCAAGCUGAUGUUCAAGAUGACUUGUAAGACAACCGGUUGGUGUGCUGUAGGAUUUACCACAACACCUGAUGGAAGAGGCAUGAAAAACUACGAUAUAGCGGUGGCUGGGUUUGCCUCCAAUGCCGGAUAUAUCGGGGAUUACUGGAGCACGUCCUUAUCAAAACCACCCAAAGACCCGAAACAAAGCUUCUUCCUCACAAAGGCGAGUGAAAAGGACGGGAGAACCAUGGUGGAGUUCUACAGGGAUGCUGCGACAGGAGACACCGCUAAUGAUGUGCAGUUUCAGAGCGAUACCGAAGUAACAAUUGUGUGGGCUUCCCGCGGAACGGAUGCAAACGUUGACCUGUCAAAACACACAGUUGCUGGAGUAUUAAGUGGCAAAUAUAACAUGAUAAAGGAAGCGAUGGCAGCAAAGACUGGAACUUCACCCACAAAACCGAACGCCAGUCAUGAAAUUUUCCCGUCUAUUACUAUUUUCCUGGUAGGCAUGAGUGCCUAUUUUCUUGCAUUUUAACCUCCACGAUAAUCUUUAAACGUAAAACAUAAACAUAAAAUUAUUUCAUAAUAAUCUUGAAACCAAGGAGUAACUUUUUAUCAAGUUUCGAUAGUAAACCUGCACUGCAUUAGUUCUACCAUAGUGCUUCCCCCGUGCAAUCGGUCUGUAAAACUCACAAAAACUUCUAAAACAUCGCGAUGUAGUCACUGCCUUUUG